AUGAGUGCUCCUAAUCCAGGUGGACUGCCUACCUCUACAGGUUUCCGAGUUUUCCAAGCCUGUAACUCAUGCCGUCGACGAAAGACGAAAUGCAACGGUCUUCGACCAACCUGUGGCAGCUGCGUCUUACGGCGUCUGCCCUGCUCCUGGCCCACCUCGCAUCAACAUUCCGCGUCCCAGGAGAAUGAUUCAAUUCCGACACAGCCCAUCAAUGAAGAUGCCAAUGGGAGUGAGGACAAUCGUGCCAAAAGACCACGACUUUCUCGAGGCCGAGAUGAGAGCAAUAGUCGGCUUUCGAACAGUCUCCUUCAGCGCGCACUGGACAUCUUCUACAGCCGGCAUCUCAGUGUCGAAUGUUGUUCUUUCCUGCACGUUCCAUCCCUCGAAGUCGACGUGGUCCGAAGGCGAUCUCCCUUCUUCGCACAUGCUCUUGUAGCGCUCUCCGCAAUCUAUAUGAGCAAAGAAGAAGCGGUCAAGGAAGGAUUUGCAACACCGACCUUACUGUCUGACUGGCACACACUCGUAGCAAGAGAAUAUUCUCGUCAGACGGUUGACGUGCCUUCUGUGCGAUCCAUCCAGGGCAAUCUCAUCCUAGCCUUGAAAGAGUUGCUCACUCGUACAUCAUACAAAGCUUGGAUUUUCACUGGUAUUGCCGUUCGACAGGCGCAGGCGUUGAGAUUAGGUCGCGAAUACCACAACAGACUCUCUCCUCGUCAGAAAGAAGUUCAAAGACGGACAUAUUGGGCAUGUUUUGUCAUGGACCGUCUUGUGGCGUAUUGCUGCUGGCGACCACAGAUGAUAGGCCUGGACUGCGUUUCUCUCAACCUUCCCUGUCCAGAGACAAUCUUCACAUUCGAAGAAUCAUUCGACGCACCAACCUUGGAUACGCUAUCAUUUCCAUGUGAGGUAUCCCGUCUUGGGCUACUGCCAUAUUAUAUUGCUAUCGUAAAUUUGUGGUCGCAGGCGACUUAUAUACAGGUGAAAGGUGGUCGUCGUUACAACAAACAUCAAUUUGACAGCUCGACAUAUCCGUUCAGUCCACUUGAGAAGGAAAUCAACGAUAUCCAUGACUCCCUUCCUGCCACAAUACGAUGGUCCACUCAAAACAGAAAGCUAUUCCGACACACCGGUCAAGAGGCACUAUUUGUGACUUUUCACUUGGUGCUGAAUCAUGCCAGGUGUGCACUGCGAGAAGAAUAUCUGCCGUACGAGGACGAGAUGGACUCGCCGUUACAUGAAGGUGGACAAUACGACCGUUACGAUGGUACUCACCCUAGCGCUGACAAGCAAGACGAAAGAACAACAUCGAUUUGUAUCUCAAGCUCAGAAGCAAUACUUGAUGUCAUGGAAACAUUUCUCACCAACGAUGGUGGCUUCCCAACCCUACAGUCACUCUUCGCUGCUCCCGCCUUUUUAUCGGCCGCAAAUACUCAGUUGUGGCUUCAGUAUGUGGUUGCGCAAGACGAAGAAGCGUGCAGGAAAGCGGCGGCAAGCGUGGACAAGAUAACGGCAGUGCUCGAGCUGUGGACAACUCACUGGCCUGUUGCUGACGCUUGGCUGAGUACCCUGGCAACCCUUCGCCGGCUGUAUCAGGCGACGUACUGCCCAGUAAUCAGCCCUGAAAGCAGCCGUCAAGGUGUUAUUGUUGAGGCUGGCGCCCCCAUUCCGCCAAUUCUCGACGAGAGUGAUAUCCACGACACUCCUUAUCCCAACCUUACUGAGGGUAAUGGGCUUCCCCUGCUCAAUGGACACAUGAGUGAUAAAAUCAGAUUCGUCUUGCUGGCAUGGCUCGAAGAUGCUGAGGCCAGAGACAGGGUCGUCAAUUCCUCCAUGUCAACACUUGGGCCGCACCUGUGGGAGUACGAAGGAUUUCCAGAAGAUUUAGAUUUUCCACUUCCUGAUUUCUACGGAAACGAUCCAUGGUCUGGCUUGAUUGGAGAUGCUGCCGUCGGUACUGACACAAUUCAGGGGCUUGGUCUUGGGCAACAUGUCCCGAGAGAUUGA